ACACCUACUUUGCCUUACUUGACCUUCUCGUAUCGAGCAUUCCGGAAGCGUGCUGCGUCUUCGGUACUUGUAGAAAUUUUUCAUUAAGGAGUUAUUUUAACUUUAAUUACAUCUGAAAAUGUAUGCUGUUGCAACUCCUUUCAUUAGAGCUAUGAUGACCUCAGCUGUUCGGUCAUCUGCUAGGCCUUUAAGUGCAGCGGUCACUACCAUUCGAGCUCCUGAGGAGCCAUUUCGUACAUCACAACCUAAGGUCUUGCCCCGUGUUACCCUCUCUUCAUCACUGAUAUCUCAAUUUUCUCGUGGUAUCCAUACUAGUGCUGUACAGAAAGAUAUUGAUUCUGCAGCCAAAUUCAUUGGAGCUGGAGCAGCUACAGUGGGUGUUGCGGGUUCUGGAGCCGGUAUUGGAUCAGUAUUCGGCAGCCUUAUCAUUGGAUAUGCUAGGAAUCCAUCUUUGAAGCAGCAACUUUUUUCAUAUGCUAUCUUAGGUUUUGCCCUGUCUGAAGCCAUGGGUCUGUUUUGCUUGAUGAUGGCAUUCUUGUUGUUAUUUGCUUUUUAAUUUUCAAUAUUAUGUAGAUAAAUCAUUGAUUUGUACCAUUACUAGCGUCCUAAAUGGUAAUUAAAAAAUUGUCUAGAUCAGUAUGUAAUUGGCAAAAUAAAUUCACUCUUAAUAUAC